GCAAUGGGUGGAUGUGUAGAAAAGGCGGAUAAAUAACUCCGGAGUUGGAACAAUGCGUUUUGGUGAAGCGCCGGAGAAGGGGGAGGGCUCUUUGGGCUCGCUGUGGGGUAUCUGUCGAUGUGCGGUGCGGGGACGCGUUUGCGUCAGUCCACUGAAUUUAAGGACAGUGUGAUUGCGAAGAGGCAUUAUGUAUCUGUUGUAUUGUUGAGUGCAAUCGAACAUUUUGUUACACUGGAGAUUCGAUUGAAAGUCUCGAAGGUUUGGACUGGGAUUCAAGAGUUCAAGGUCGCUUUGAGCCAACCCCAAAUCAAUCUAAAGAACCUGCGUGAACUCUGCUUCAGUGGCAUCCCCUUUGAAGGCGGGCUGCGGGCUCUUUGCUGGAAGAUCCUGUUAAAUUACCUCCCCACAGAGCAGGCGAUAUGGGACUCGUUCUUAAAGAAACAGAGGGAAAUCUAUGCCCAGUUUUUAAGGGAGAUGAUUAUCCAGCCAGGAAUUGCCAAGGCUAAUCUGGGAUUCUCCAGAGAGGACGUGACACUGGAGGACCAUCCGCUCAAUCCGAACCCAGACAGUCAAUGGAACACCUACUUCAAAGAUAACGAGAUUCUGCUACAGAUAGACAAAGACGUCAGGAGACUCUACCCGGACAUGGCAUUCUUCCAGCGGCCCACGGAGUACCCCUGCCUCCUGAUCCUCGACCCCCAGAACGAGUACGAGACCCUGCGGCGGCGCGUGGAGCAGACCUCCCUGAAGGCACAGACUGUGGCCAGGAACCGCAGCGGGGUCACCAACGUGAGCUCCCCGGGGAAGGCCGUGUGCACCUACCCGUCGAACGAGUACGAGGUCCUGCCCAACGGCAGCGAGGCUCACUGGGAGGUGGUGGAGCGGAUCCUGUUCAUCUACGCCAAGCUGAACCCGGGCAUCGCGUACGUUCAGGGAAUGAACGAGGUCGUGGGACCCAUCUACUACACCUUCGCCACGGACCCCAACACCGAGUGGAAAGAGCACGCGGAGGCCGACACCUUCUUCUGCUUCACCAGCCUGAUGUCUGAGAACCGGGAUAAUUUCAUCAAGAGCCUGGACGACUCCCAGUGUGGCAUCACGUACAAGAUGGAGAGCGUGUACGCCACGCUCAAGCAGAAGGACGCCGAGCUCUAUCUCAAACUGCAAGAGCAGAAUAUCAAGCCGCAGUACUUCACCUUCCGCUGGCUCACCCUGCUCCUGUCCCAGGAGUUCCUGCUUCCCGACGUCAUACGAAUCUGGGACUCCCUCUUCUCUGACCAGGAGCGCUUCGACUUCCUCAUCCUGGUCUGCUGCGCCAUGCUCGUUCUGAUUCGAGACCAGCUGCUGGCCGGAGAUUUCACAGUGAACAUGAGGCUGCUGCAGGAUUACCCGAUCUGUGACGUGCACACCAUCCUGAAGAAGGCAAAGGAUCUGCAGGACGGUGCAUAGGAGAGUGCCCCCCUCCACCCCCUCUGCACAGCCCCCUUCGAUCAGCCAAAAAACAAAGAAAGAGGACGAUGACACAACAGUGUAGCAGUGCGUUCUGGGAGAAGACGCCACAUUGCCGUGCAUUGUGGGAGCUCUUUCGCUAGCUCUGCGUCUCGACUGUUUUCGCUCUGGCGACCGAUCCAGAUGGUAUUCCCUUUCAAACUGUAUUUAUUUUGCACUGAAGACUUUAAACCAAAAAAAAAAGAAACAAAACACACAUACAAGGUUUGAAAACGCUCCAUUUUAAAUUACAGAGGGGUUUCUCUGGGUCAGUUGCUGUUUUUUCUUUGUUUGUUUUUAUUGCUCUAUGUGUAGAUCCUAUUAAUCCUAAUGUUUUUUUUUUUUAAUGAUGAAACAGUGAAUUGGGGCUCCCUCGAGGAAUCCCUAACUUGGUGCUGGUCUUUGGUGUUGUCAUUCUGAUGCAGAACGUUGGGAGUUCGGGAGUUCUAUUUGGGUUCUGGUUCCGAGACGUUCCCCAGCUCCUCCUAUAUUAAGCUGUCUCUGCGUCUCUCUUGCUGCCUGUCCAGCAUUCAGCCUGAAGGCGUGUCGUGUUUCUAAAUGCCUGAGAUAGAAACACUACAAACAUGAAACACAUGAAGAAUUAACAAGCUGGCAUUGCAGUGCAUUUAGGUGUCUCUGUUAUAUCAGUGCACUCCUGUAUAUCAGUACAGUGUGUUGGGUGGAAGUUAAAUGUUUUUUUUUUUCCCCAACUAUAUGAUUAUAUAUAAGCUUUAUCCUACUACAAAAAAGGGGGUCAAUUUCAGCUUUGGGACCUCCUUAAGGUAAUAUGUCUUCAUUUAUGUGCAACCAAAAGAGUCAUUUUUAGAAGCGGACACUCCUCUGAUUUGGAGACUCUGCACUCCUUGUGAAAAAGCUCAUUGCGUCUGUUUGUUUUAAAGUCUCAGGUAUGCAUUGCAUAAAAACAAGCUCUUGUGCAGCUGGCAGGGUUAAAAUGAAUGAGUUGGUGGAUGCUAAUCCUUGAAUGAGGCCUUAUCUCCCAUGCUAGGGUGGUGAACAGCUGGUUAGUUUAAUGUUUAGCUUGAAGGAGAGCGGUAAUCACUGGAGGCUUCUUGGUACGCCACCCUGGGCCAGUUGCUGAUUUGGAAAUAGGAGCGAUCGUGCCUCUCAGUCCUUCGCUUUUAAAGUGGGGACAGCAGUUUCUUACUCUCCUGAGCAAACCAACUUUCUUAAGCCCCAUUUAUCUGGCCUCAACAGGUAAUAGGAGCUGGAAACUCCCAUUGCUGAAUGAUUAGGUGAGGUCAAGUCAGGGGUCCAGGAUCUGGGAUACCUGAUACCUGCUGCAAAGGGAGUGUGAAUCUGCAGAGAGGUGGGACAGGGCAAAAUGAGCUGCACCUCGAUUUCAAAAUGAAAAGGAGGAGUCUGGAAAUCCAGGCAAAAGGAAAAAAAAAAAAAAAAACGAGAAGGGGCCUGCAAGACAGUCGCUUAAUGAGAAGAAAACGAAGGUGGUGGUUAACCCUUUAACUGCUGCUGCUGCUGUUUCGGGUGCACUGCUCCGUUUUCAUAUCUGGGGUAAGGAAGGCUGAUCAGUGAUCUCCAGCCCUGUCUGUAUGAACACUAGAAUUGCUUACAAAGCUGAAGGCACUACUUUUUAUUGAGCUGCGGCAGGCGAUCUGCACCUCUGGAACUACAGACGUUGUACACCCUGCUACAGAGGCACAGUAUUGCAGCUGCCUCAUAUACACAAGCCCUCCUUUAUACACGGUGACACCCUUAACCCCUAUAGAACUAGCCCUAUAGAACCACAGAAAGGAAGGUGCCUCUUACACGUAGCAACACUAACUCCUUUGUGUUAAAAAUCGCUUGCUGGAUUGCGAGGGCUAGGGAGACGUUGAUGCAGCAGAUUUCAGGCUCCGGACAGCACUUUGCUAUAAAGGAACAUGGCUAAUCUUUGUAGUGGUUUUGUGUCUCGCUGUGCCUUGCAUUCGGUGCUGUGAUUGCAGGUCGUUGAUUGUGUUGCAUUUUACAGGUGGUGUAAAUGUGCCUUUUUUUAAAUUUUCGUUUUCAAUGCCGGGUCGUAGGCUCCGUGUGCUAGGGAUCCAAUAGAACACUACGGCCUGUAGUACAGCUGAACUUGUUAAACAUGAGGGGGUAGUUUUUAAAUGUUUUUAUUCUAAUGGGUGGAAAUAAGAAAAACUGGCAAAGAGGGUAGUAAAGUCCAUCUUUGGCCAGAAAAUAGCUUACAGUAACCGCCAGCUGGUCCUAGGCGUUGAUGUCAAGUCAGCUUCCAAACCUGUACCCUUCCUGAUUUCUGUAUUGUCACACUGAGCACUGGUCCUGACCACUCCAGCGCUAGUACCUCGUUUCUACAGAACCAGUCUUGGAGGCUAGUGGAAACGGUACCGUGUCAAGCUACUGGGAUUCAGUGCGGAUCUGUUGGCCAGUAGAAAUGACUGCAAGUAAAUUGCUACAGAAACGGGUUUAUGAAUCCACGAACAAAAUGUGAAAGUGUUAGCCAGCGAAACGGAACAGCUCGCACAUCUUGUUCCUCCCUGGCUUUAUCAAUGGGCCAGUAAGCAGCAUUAACAGCAUCUGCAGGCAGCAGUGUAGCGUUAGGCCGUGGCAUCACCUGCUGCUGCACAAUUCCACUUGGGCACGGUUGGUGUCGGAUGGGCACGGUUGGUGUCGGAUGGGCACGGUUGGUGUCGGAUGGCCACGGUUGGUGUCGGAUGGGCACGGUUGGUGUCGGAUGGGCACGGUUGGUGUCGGAUGGGCACGGUUGGUGUCGGAUGGCCACGGUUGGUGUCGGAUGGGCACGGUUGGUGUCGGAUGGGCACGGUUGGUGUCGGAUGGGCACGGUUGGUGUCGGAUGGGCACGCCCGUGCAGUGGCAAAUUGUGUUCAUUUAUUCAUCAUUCUGUUAAGUGGAUUUCUGUACCGAACAGUUUCCAGUAAGAAAUCUACAUUUCUAAAAUUCUUAAGAAAGGACUCUUGAGAGAACAGUACAGUAUAUUUGGCCACAGUUGACGAUGACAUCGUUGCAGGACAGUCUUGAAGCCCGACAUGAAAUGGUUGUUGCAGCAGUUUAAGAAAAUAAAUCCCACAUUGAAUUACGUUAUGAGUUAUUCCAGUUGUUGUUUUGAAGGAGGCAUUGUUAAUCCUGAUGGGGCGCGUCAUUGGGCAUGGUAAAGCACUGAUAGUGACAAUGUAAAACACUGUCCAUAUCUCUUCAUUCAGGGUGCUUUGCUUUGGGUCCGGCUCCCCCUAUUGGCCUGGUUCUCCUUUGUUGGCUUCCCACACAUAGACUGUGCAGUACAAUAAAGUCAAAUAAAGGGUCAGUUCAGCCGUUGGAAUUAAAAAGUUGAGAGAGAAAAAAAAGAUGAACUGAACUGAGUUAGGCGGACGAGAUACUAAUUUAUUUUAACCCUUUAUUGCCUGUAACGGGUUCUAUGUUUGAAAACCGGUGCAGGUUCUUCAUGUCUGUGAACCACAGGGAGCUCAUUUGACAAGAAUCGGCAACUUCAGUGCUCUCUCUCUCUCUCUCUCUCUCUCUCGCCUUGCGGUAAGUUAGGGAAUGGUGAUUCUUGCUGCUCGAUGCUGCCAUCUGGUGACGGCCUUUGUGUAUGACAAGAAUCAAUUGUGUUGCGUGAUUGGGAUCAUUAAUUGGGGUGUGGGUGUAAUAAUAAUUUUUAAAAAAUGACAGGACUGUGUUCAACAGGCAGUAACGGGCUAAAGCAAACUGGUCUCAUUUAAUUUUCAAGUGUUGAUCCUCUGAAGUCUUAUUUUAUUGUUUGUGUGCUCGUUCCUUGGUUUGCAUGUGUGUUGGGUUUUUAUAUAGGUAGUCUCAGACCUGCGUACUGGGAGUGUAAAUGUUUAUACAGUGUUUGCAAAUAUAUAAUAAAAAUGAUUCAAAAAAGCA